AUGUCAACACAGUAUUCGGGGUAUGGGAGCUCGCUGCCCGAUGAGUUCGAUAUCAUCGUGGCAGGAGGUGGAAGUUGCGGAUGUGUAGUUGCGGGCCGACUGGCAAACUUGGACCACAAUCUCAAAGUUUUGUUGAUUGAGGCUGGCGAGAGCAACCUGAACAAUCCUUGGGUCUUUCGACCCGGUAUUUAUCCACGGAACAUGAAAUUGGACUCCAAAACUGCCUCUUUUUAUGAGUCUCGUCCGUCUAAAUGGUUAGCUGGUCGAAAGGCCGUUGUACCUUGCGCCCACGUCCUCGGUGGUGGUUCGUCAAUCAACUUCAUGAUGUACACACGUGCCUCAGCAUCCGACUAUGACGAUUUCCAGGCCAAAGGUUGGACAACUCAAGAGUUACUGCCGCUCAUGAGGAAGCAUGAGACGUAUCAAAGAGCUAGCCAGAAUCGGGAAAUACACGGCUUCGAAGGCCCCAUCAAAGUGUCUUUUGGCAACUAUACAUAUCCGAUCAAAGACGACUUCCUUCGAGCUGCAGAGUCGCAGGGAAUCCCUGUAGUUGACGAUCUCCAAGAUCUAGUCACAGGUCAUGGGGCUGAGCACUGGCUGAAGUGGAUUAAUCGAGACACCGGACGACGAAGCGACACUUGCAGUACAAAGGUCGACAAGGUCAUAAUCGAGAAUGGGCGGGCCGUCGGCGUGCAGACAGUUCCCACCAAACAUCUGGGCUCGGGCCAGCCUCCAACCCGCAUAUUCCGAGCGCGCAAGCAGAUCGUCGUAUCGGGCGGGACGCUCUCGUCCCCACUAAUUCUUCAGAGAUCAGGCAUCGACCAUUACUUGACCUUUUCAGUGUUCAGGGCCAAGCCAGAUGUCGAGACGUUUGACGACUUCGUUCGGGGCGACCCUGAAGUGCAAAAGCGCGUCUUCGAUGAAUGGCAUCUCAAGGGAACUGGCCCUCUUGCAACCAAUGGCAUCGAUGCAGGAGUCAAGAUUCGCCCUACAGAGCAAGAACUAAAAGAAUUCGAGAGCUGGCCAACUCCCCACUUUAAAGACGGCUGGAAGAGUUAUUUUAAAGACAAGCCAGAUAAGCCAGUGAUGCACUACAGUGUCAUAUCCGGCUGGUUUGGUGACCACAUGUUGAUGCCUCCCGGGAAAUUUUUCACCAUGUUCCAUUUCUUGGAAUAUCCUUUUUCGAGAGGCAGCACUCAUAUCAAGAGCGCUGACCCAUACGACAGCCCAGACUUCGACUGUGGCUUCAUGAACGAUGAGCGGGACAUGGUACCAAUGGUGUGGGGUUACAUUAAAUCCAGGGAGACGGCACGGAGAAUGGAUGCAUAUGCGGGAGAGGUGGAGACCAUGCACCCCUUCUUUGAGUAUGACUCCCCAGCAAGAGCUCAUGAUAUGGACCUGGCCACGACCAAGGCCUACGCCCUUCCGGGUAACCUAUCAGCUGGAAUCACCCAUGGCAGCUGGUCUUCUUAUCUCCCUGAAGCUGACACUAAAGCCGGCGUCAAUAUCCUGUCUUCCAACAAAGUCAAUACGCGCCAAGAGCUCAAGUAUAACAGCAAUGAUAUCAAGGCGAUUGAAGAAUGGGUUAAGCGCCACGUGGAGAGUACUUGGCACAGCUUGGGAACAUGCUCUAUGGCUCCCAAGGAGGGUAACAGUAUCGUAAAGCACGGAGUCUUGGAUGAGCGUCUGAAUGUCCACGGCGUUAAAGGACUCAAGGUUGCCGAUCUGAGUAUCUGCCCCGACAAUGUGGGCUGCAACACAUACUCGACGGCUCUCCUGAUUGGAGAAAAAGCCGCGAUGUUGGUAGCUGAAGAUCUCGGCUAUUCUGGAGAGGCAUUGGAGAUGAAGGUUCCAACGUAUCAUGCACCCGGUGAACUGGCAUUGCAGUAUCGUCUCUAA